AUGGUCGAAGAAAAAGGUUUGUGUCAUGGUGAGAGCAGUCCCAGUCCACCGGCAUAUUCAAAUGAGGCAAUUAGUGAUGACGAUGUUUACGGAGAACUUAUUCUAUUAGGUUUCAAUGGUCAAGUGGAAAAUAAGGCUACUUCAAAGAGAUACCUAACAAAGAUGACACUUCGUAGAAGAGAUUUCGCCAAUGGGAUUAAGAAAAGCGAAGUGCAUACAGUGAGCGGUAAUGUGAUGGACAGUAAACUUGUCAAAGAUAAAGACAGACAUACUGUAGCAUUUCAAUGCGAUUCAAGCAAGUCAGUAGUAAUUGAGUACUGCCACGACCCAACGAAGGAUAUGUUUCAAAUCGGACGGGCCUCGGAUGAACAAAUCGAUUUCACCGUUAUAGACACUUGGAUGUUUGUGAAUGAUACAUCAGGACAUAUUUCAAUGCCAUCCCGACCAAAUGUAGAUAUAAUUGAACGCGGAGAUCGCACAUCAACAAUUAGUCGAUUCGCCUGCCGAAUUCUUAUUGAUCGCGAGAAUUGUAAUAAAGCCUACUUGUAUGCCGCCGGAUUCGAUUCCACGAAAAAUAUUUUCAUUAACCAAAAAGCCUUAAAAUGGACUAAAUCGAAUGGAGAAGUUGACGGUCUUACAACAAAUGGAGUUCUUAUACUUCAUCCAAGCAAAGACGAUUUGAAUGAGGAAAAUCCCGAUCAAUCAAUGUACAAAUGGAGAGAAGUGUCGAUUAAUGGGGAUGUUUAUGAGCCAAGAGUAACCAGGAGCAGCUCAACGCGGGGUGUUUUCGUGCCUGAAUGGACCAAUAUGUUGCAAGAUGGGACACUUAUUGAUCUUUGUGGAGCAACUAUAUUAUGGAGAACUGCUGAUGGAUUGGAAAGAUCACCAAAGUUAAAAGAACUUGAAAUGGCUUUAGAUCGACUCAACGCAGGGAAACCACAGUGCCCUGUCAACCUAAACACAUUGGUAAUACCUAAAAAACGGAGCAGUCGCGGGUUGAGUCGUCGACAACCAUAUGUUUAUUUGAAAUGUGGUCAUGUGCAGGGAAAACAUGACUGGGGAGUCCAUCCAACUUCUGGGGGGCAACGCGCCGGAAAAUGCCCAAUUUGUCUACUGGAAAGUGAAAGAAUCAUUCAGCUGACUAUGGGAAUGGAACCCUCAUUUCAUUUGGAUUCGGGAAUGCUUGACCAUGCUUUCAAUCCAUGUGGUCACAUCGCUAGCAAACAAACUGUAUUGUAUUGGUCCCGCAUUGCAUUACCUCAAGGAACUUGUCGUUAUGACCCUGUUUGUCCGUUUUGUUAUCAGCUCCUCGCCGCCGAAAAACCUUAUGUUCGGCUAAUUUUUCAAGAUAAUUGUUUCGACGAGGACCACAAAUAA